CGUACAUCCCAUUUCUCUGUGUCAGACUGUGAUGCACCCACCUGUAACACACAGUCCAGUGACUCUCUUGGAACAUUCUUUGCCCUCAGGUGAACAAUCAGAAUAAUGUUCUACAUAAACCUGUUGGAGAACCUGAAGGUUUACAUCAGCAGCCGCCCUCCGCUCGUGGUCUUCAUGAUCAGCGUGAGUGCCAUGGCCAUUGCCUUCCUCACCCUGGGCUACUUCUUCAAAAUCAAGGAGAUCAAAUCACCAGAAAUGACAGAGGACUGGAACACUUUCCUCCUGAGGUUUAAUGAUUUGGACUUCUGCAUAUCUGAGAAUGAAACCUUGAAGCACCUGCUGAACGACACCACGACCCCCGAGAGCACGGUGACCAGCGGCCAGGCCAGGUCCUCCACCCAGUCCCCGCAGACCCUCGAGGACUCUGGUCCCAUCAACAUCUCUGUCACCAUCACCCUGACCCUGGACCCCCUGAGGCCUUUUGGGGGAUACUCCCGUAAUGUCACACACCUCAGCUCCACCAUUUUUGGGCACCAGAUUGGACUUUCAGGCAGAGAAUCCCACGAGGAAAUCAACAUCACCUUCACCCUGCCAGCUGCCUGGAACUCGGACGACUGCGUCCUGCACGGCCACUGCGAGCAGGUGGUGUUCACCUCCUGCAUGACAGUGACAGCAGCCAGCAGCGUCUUCCCAGUCACAGUUCAGCCACCACAUUGUGUUCCUGAAACCUACAGCAAUGCCACUCUGUGGUACAAGAUCUUCACCACAGCCAGGGACUCGAACACAAAAUAUGCCCAGGAUUACAACCCCUUCUGGUGUUACAAGGGAGCCAUUGGGAAGGUCUACCAUGCUUUAAAUCCCAAACUAACUGUUAUAGUUCCAGAUGACGAUCGCUCUCUAAUAAACCUGCACCUCAUGCACACCAGUUACUUCCUCUUUGUGAUGGUGAUUACAAUGUUCUGCUAUGCAGUCAUUAAAGGCAGACCAAGCAAACUGAGGCAAAGCAACACAGAAUUCUGCUCUGAAAAGGUUGCUUUGUCAGAAGCAUAAAACCCCCCCUCCCUCUCCUGAGAGCGACCGAAACCAUUGCCUGCUGAACCCAGCCUGGGUCUUAACACUCUGUGAAUCCAUUACCUUGCAAUGUUGGUUUAUUCCAACCAAAGACAUUUCAAAGUGCCUGUAAUUGAUUUGUACAUAUUUAUAAAAGCAGAAGAUCCAGAGGAAUUCUGAGGAGAUGUGGUCGGGAUCCUCCGGCCCUUCCCUGGGCACAGCCCCACGUUGGUGUAGAUAACUCCAAAAAAGCUCCACAGAGGCAGAAUUUUUGUCUAGCUGCACCUGGGCAGGUGAAGAUGCCUUUGCAAGUGUCUCAAACCAAUCAAGAGUUGUUUGGUUUUUUGCCCAAUCUGUACAGUGUGUUUGAACCAAGUAUGCACCUUUGAUAUAAUCCUGCAUUUCCAAAGCCACCAAUCUACACCAUGAAUUCAAUGUGUGUUUUUGUGGCCUAAUACUUUAUUCCAUUUGCUCCUUGCUUGCAAGAAAAGAUAUCAACAUUUUAGAUUUUUUUUUCUCUCUUUUGGAAGAAAAAAAAAAAGAUACAUAUUCACAUUUUAAUAGUGCUGUAUUUAGGACAAACUUGUGCUUUUAUUCAUAGUAAAAAAAAUAAGAAGUGAAGUCCCAUUUUAAACUGUUACUUACUGAAAAGAACUGUUUGAUUUUUUUUUUUUUUUGUUUGUUUUGUUUUUGUUUGUUAUUUUGGUUUGUUUUUUUGAUAUUUCAUUUGGCUUGCUGAAUGCCAGAGAACCAGUCAGCACAGAGACUAUCUGGAAAACUUUUCCACUUGGCCUCCCAUCCCCAGCCCUCCAGCCAGGAUUGUGUGUCUCUGCUGCAGAGCAGCUUUCUCUAAACCUUUUUUUUUCCCCCUUUUUUUUUUCUUUUCUUUCUAGAAAGUGAAACUUAAUAAAAAGAUGUAUUGUGUUAGCAGCCUGCUGGGGCUCUGCACAGCCUUGGGCAAGUGCAAAGAGUGAAAGGAAAAGAAAUUCCAGAGUUUGUCACAGAGCUUCACUCUGGGGCUGUGCCUGCAGCUCUGAGGGGCAGCUCAGUGGCACUGCUGAGCUCUGGCCCAGUAAAUUCAUUAAAUUGCCAUUUGCUGCUGUCCACUCAGAGCAGAAUGGCCACAAAAGUGGGGUCUUGUGAGGAAAGUCAAAGGAACCACCCAGUGAAGCCCCUGCUGUUCUCUGUGUGCUUUCUUCAGUCAGAGAUUUGAUUCUGUGCAUUUCUCCCUCCCCAUUCUGCCUUUUCCUGGCUUUUUCUUCCUGGCUCCUUAAGCAGUCUCCUUAAUUUCAGGGGUCAGGCUUUUCCUGCAGACAUUUCCACCACUGCUUUUAAAUCUCACUGAUUGCCUUAAUUGACUUUUCAUCUUUUCUCCCAUCUUUCUCAUCAGGUGUGCCAGCUCUGCAUUCAUCCAUUCUUUCAUUCAUUCACUCA